CGUCCGGUGACGUCACGGGGGGAACGUCGGCACAGUCGGCAGCGUCGGCUGCCGUGCCGGAGUCGUCCGCUGGAAAAUGGCGGAAUACUUGGCCUCCAUCUUCGGCACCGAGAAAGACAAAGUCAACUGUUCAUUUUAUUUCAAAAUUGGAGCGUGUCGUCAUGGAGACAGAUGUUCUCGGUUGCACAAUAAACCGACCUUUAGCCAGACCAUCUUGAUUCAAAACAUCUAUCGUAAUCCCCAAAACAGUGCACAGACGGCUGACGGCUCACACUGUGCGGUGAGCGACGUGGAGAUGCAGGAGCACUAUGACGAGUUCUUUGAGGAAGUCUUCACUGAGAUGGAAGAGAAGUACGGGGAGGUCGAGGAGAUGAACGUCUGUGACAACCUAGGAGACCACCUGGUGGGGAAUGUGUAUGUCAAGUUCCGACGUGAGGAGGAUGCGGAGAAAGCAGUGAUCGACUUGAACAACCGCUGGUUUAAUGGGCAGCCAAUCCACGCAGAGCUGUCCCCAGUAACUGACUUCAGGGAAGCUUGCUGCCGCCAGUACGAAAUGGGGGAGUGCACAAGAGGGGGCUUCUGCAACUUCAUGCAUCUGAAGCCGAUCUCAAGAGAGCUGCGACGGGAGCUGUAUGGGCGCCGGCGCAAGAAGCAUAGAUCCAGGUCCCGAUCCAGGGAGCGGCGUUCCCGAUCGAGAGACCGUGGACGCGGUGGUGGAGGUGGAGGUGGAGGCGGUGGAGGACGCGAGCGUGACAGGAGGCGGUCAAGAGACCGGGAGAGAUCUGGGCGAUUCUGAGCCGAGCCGUUUUUACCAUGUGCUAGACAGUGUUGUAGUUGGUUGGCAAGCCAGUUCAUAGUGGGAUUUUUUUUUAAAAAACAACAAAAAAAAACAAAGAUGGGUUUCUGAAUAAAAUUUGUAGUGAUACAGUA